AUGCCUCCGCGGUUACACAUUUCAUCAUUGGGCCGACAAACCCUGCGGUGUCCAUAUGAACUUCGAAUCGCGCGGAGUGCAAGCAGUGCUGCCGCUCCGGCUGUAACACCUGCAGCAUCCAUUGAGCAGAUGACUCGCUCACCAGUACCUAUCUCACGCACUCCUCGUACCCAGCUGCCGUCACACCGCAAUCCAGAAUACCGCCGGUCACAGCUUCUCCGACAAUACACCUCGAUCCUUCGUACAUCUCCGUUGAUGGUGCUUUUCCAACACAACAACCUCAAGUCUAUGGAAUGGGCUGGCAUUCGACGAGAAUUGACCAAGGCGCUCCAAAAACCCUGGCCCCCCUAUAUUAAGGUGCAGACUGUCCAGACCAGCAUCUUCGAGGUUGCUCUGCGGAUUGUUGAGCACUUCCGACCCAACGAGGCCUCAUUGGCUUCAGGAAAGGCCCCAAGCGCCGUCGACCCUGUCACUCAGACCUCUGUGGAACUCCCCUUACUGUCUGGCUCAAGGGAUGAUCCUUUACUCACUCACGACCUGUCUCGGACUGCGUACGCCGCCGUGAAGCACCUCAAGGGUCGUCAUGAACUCUCCGACAUCCUCGUUGGCCCCAUCGCCGUCCUUUCCAUCCCCACCGUUUCUCCCGAACACAUGAAGGCUGCUUUGUCUAUCCUGACUCCCAAGGAAGCUGGCUUCCCCGCUCCUACCCGCCGCGCCAACCCGGACUACCAUGACCCCGUUGUGCAGACCGGUCUGCAAAAGCUCAACCUCCUUGCUGCUCGUGUCGAUGGUAAGACCUUCGACCUCAACGAGACCAAGUGGAUUGGAAGCAUUGAGGGUGGCAUGGACGGUCUCCGCUCUCAACUUGUUAUCGCCUUGCAGAGCAUGGGCUCCACUGUUACCAACACCCUUGAGGGCGCUAGCAAGAGCCUCUACCUCACCAUGGAGAGCCGGAGAAGUGUCUUGGAGGAUGAGCAGAAGGGCGAGGGAGAGAAGAAGGAGUCUUCCUAA